GCGGCCGGGCCCGGGACUCAGAAACAGCGGCGGGGACAACAUUCUUUUUCAAAAAAAAGCACACACACAUACAAAAAAAAUUUAUUCUAAAGAAAAUAUACAUAUACAAAUUAUAAACAAGAACAUCAUGUAUUAAAAAUCCAUCAUUGAAAUCCAAGUAUAUAAUUAAAAUUAAGGAAAAAAUGGCCGAGACAACCGCUACCUCUCCUAAAGUCUCUCCAUUAGAAUCAGAGCUCUACUUCCUAAUCGCUCGCUUUCUCUCGGCGGGUCCUUGCCGAAAGUCCGCGGAGAUACUAGUGGAGGAGCUGGAAGAGAAAGAGCUGCUCCCGAAGCGCCUGGACUGGGAAGGCAAUGAACACCACAGAAGCUAUGAAAACUUUGUUUUGUCAAAUCAACAUGUGCCCCCUGAUUAUCUCUUGCGGAUAUGCCAGCGAAUUGGCACACUGCUGGAUAAAGAGCUUCCUUCAAGUGUGUCUGGUGUACAGUCCCUACUUGGUGCAGGCAGACAGUCCCUACUUCGAACUGCAAAAGAUUGUAAACAAGUGGUAUGGAGAAGUUCUGCUUUUGCAGCCCUUCAUAGAGGAAGGCCACCAGAAAUGCCUGUAACCUAUGGGAGUCCACCUAGUGUUGUCGAGAUUGUCCGUGGCAGACAAUUGACGGGAAGUGGACAUUUUGGCUCAAUUUUUCCAACCUGUACCUAUCAGCACAUAAAGAUGCAUCGCAGAAUUCUUGGACAUCUGUCGUCAGUUUAUUGUGUUGCCUUUGAUCGCACAGGGCACAGGAUUUUUACUGGUUCUGAUGACUGUCUGGUGAAAAUUUGGGCCACACACACUGGGCGAUUACUCUCCACCCUACGUGGUCACUCCACUGAGAUUUCUGAUAUGGCUGUAAAUUAUGAGAACACUAUGCUAGCAGCUGGCAGCUGUGAUAAACUAAUUCGAGUUUGGUGCUUGAGAACGUGUGCUCCGGUAGCUGUGUUGCAGGGGCACACGGGAUCCAUUACUUCUCUACAGUUUAGUCCGAUGGGUAAAGGUUCAGUCCGGUACAUGGCUUCCACAGGAUCUGAUGGGAGUGUUUGCUUUUGGCAGUGGGAUCCAAAUACCCUGAAGUUCAAGAAUCAGCCAUUGAAGUUUACGGAACGCUCAAGACCAUGUUCUCCAAUGAUUUGCUCCUCGUUCAGUGUUGGUGGCAUGUUUCUAGCAGCUGGCAGCAGUGAUCAUAUGAUCAGAAUAUAUUACAUUGGAUCUGGAACCCCUGAGAAGAUUUCUGAAUUAGAAUCGCAUCUGGACAAAGUAGACAGUAUUCAGUUCUCCAACAAUGGUGAUAGAUUGGUCAGUGGUAGCAGAGAUGGAACAGCACGGAUCUGGCAAUAUCAGUAUCAAGAGUGGAAAAGUAUCUUGUUAGACAUGGGUGCUCAAUUGCCAGGAAUCACCUCCUGUCCAGGGGAUGAUAAGGUCACAAAACUUAAAGUGACAAUGGUUGCUUGGGAUCGUCAUGAUGACAAUGUUAUCACCGCAGUGAAUAACCAUACACUAAAGGUGUGGAAUUCAUAUACUGGACAGUUGCUGCACAUCUUAAUGGGUCACGAAGAUGAAGUGUUUGUUUUGGAGCCACAUCCAUUUGACUCCAGAAUUAUUUUGUCUGCUGGCCAUGAUGGCAAUAUCUUCAUUUGGGACAUUACUAAAGGCAUGAAAUCUCACCAUUACUUUAACAUGAUUGAAGGCCAAGGUCAUGGUGCUGUAUUUGAUUGCAAAUUUUCACCAGAUGGCCAACACUUUGCUUGCACAGAUUCACAUGGGCAUCUGCUUAUAUUUGGGUUUGGAUGCAGUAAACUGUAUGAAAAGAUUCCAGAACAAAUGUUUUUCCAUACUGACUAUCGUCCCCUAAUUCGUGAUGGGAACAAUUUUGUCUUGGAUGAGCAAACUCAACAGGCUCCCCAUCUCAUGCCACCACCCUUCUUGGUGGAUGUGGACGGAAAUCCUCAUCGAACAGAAUACCAGCGAUUGGUGCCAGGUCGUGAGAAAUGUCUAGAUGAGCAGCUGAUACCACAACUUGGAUAUGUGGCAACAAGUGAUGGUAAUGUUGUGGAACAAGUAAUUGGGCAGCAAACAAAUGAUCAAGAUGAGCAAAACAUGGAUGCGAGUGUGCUGGAUGGCAUAAUCCGAAAUUUACAACAGGAGCAAGACCAACGGUUGGGAGCUGAACAACCUGGGGCAAAUAAUCCCCCCAGUAGGAUCAGCACACCUUCAAGAGUUUUAAGGAACCCCAGCUCUGACAUUUUGUCACCACCAAAUGUGGGACUGCGCCGUAGUGGACAGAUUGAAGGUGUUCGUCAGAUGCAUCACAAUGCUCCCCGUAGCCAAAUAGCCACAGAAGGUGACAUCAUGGCCUGGAAGCGAAGAGUUGUAGUACCAGAAAUACAACCAAGUGUGAACAGGAUGCAGGAAGAUUUUAGGAUUGCUAAAAGCGAAGAGGAAAUUGCCUUGUAUACAAGAGAGAAGAAAAGACGACCAGUACACACUACGCAAAGGAAUGACUCCUUGGAGUCGUGGGAACACACCAAAAGAAAAAUGAGGGCACAGCGUCGUGAGCAACACAAAUAUAGAACGCGUGCUGCUGUGGAGGAACUAGCUCAAUUUUUCCAUGACGAAGCAGAGGAAGUUAGUUCUGAAGAGGAAAGUAAUUCAGCAGAGGGGACUGGAGGCUCUUCAGAGGAAUGGCGGAGUGAAACUAACAGCUCAAGUGAUUCUUCAAGUGAGUAUUCAGAUUGGACAGCAAAUGCAGGAAUUAAUCUUCAGCCACCGAAAAGACCAACCAGACGGCGAGCUCCACUCAUUAUGAGCAGCUCAGAAGAUGAACAAGAUGAUAAAGCUAAACCAUCAUGGAAUCAAAAGAUAAAGAAACCUAAAGGAAGACCACGGAAGAGACCCAAUCCAGUGCCAACUGGAGAAGGUACAAUUUCAGAGGAAUGGCAUCCCCCAAAGUGGAUCACAGAUACUGUACCACGCAGGUCACCAUAUGUUCCACAAAUGGGUGAUGAGGUUGUCUACUUUAGGCAAGGCCAUGAAGCCUAUGUAGAAGCUGUCAAAAAGGCAAAAAUAUACACCAUUAGCUUACGCAAGCAGCCAUGGCAUAAACUGGAAAUUAGGGAUCAAGAAUUUUUAAAAAUUGUUGGACUAAAAUAUGAAGUUGGCCCUCCUACAUUGUGCUGUCUCAAACUUGCCUUCAUCGAUCAGGACACAGGCAAAAUUAUGGAUAAGUCAUUUUCAGUGAAAUACCAUGACAUGCCUGAUGUAAUUGAUUUUCUUGUAUUACGUCAGUUUUAUGAUGAAGCAAGGGAGAGGAAUUGGAAAGCUGGUGAUAAAUUUCGGUCUAUAAUAGAUGAUGUUUGGUGGUUUGGGACAGCCUUAAGUCAAGAACCAUUCCAGCCAGCAUAUCCAGAUAGCCAUUUCCAGUGUUACACUGUUCGCUGGGAGAACAAUGAAAUUGAAAGGCUCAGUCCUUGGGACAUGGAACCUAUUCCUGAAAAUGCUGAAUUUCCUGAUGAUCCUAGUGCUGGUGUUCCUGUGACCGUGGAAGAGCUCGAAGCUCUGCUGUACAGACCUCAAGAAGGAGAGUGGGGAGAAGAAUCAAGAGAUGAAGAAUGUGAGCGUAUUAUAAGGGGCAUUGAUGACCUUGUGACACUAGAUAUAGCAACUCCAUUUAACGCUCCUGUGGAUCUUCGUGCAUAUCCUGUAUAUUGUAUGGUGGUUUCCUACCUUACAGACCUGAGCACCAUUAGAAUGAGACUGGUUAAUAGAUUUUACAGGAGGAUCAGUGCACUUGUAUGGGAGGUGAGGUAUAUAGAACACAAUGCAAGAACUUUCAAUGAACCAGAUAGUCCUAUUGUUUCAUCAGCCAGGCGAAUCGCUGAUCUGCUUCUCAAGUUCAUUGAGAAUAAAGACUGCAUUGAUAUUUUUGAAAUUUGGAGCACAAUGGAGAACUGUUCACUGGAUUCUGAAGGAGAGGAUGAGGAAAAUGACGAGACAGUGAAUGCUGCUGUUGCAGGAACAUCUACCACUAGAAGAAGCCGUGUUGGGCAUGCAUUUGGCCGGAAUCUGAGCUAUGAUGUCAGCACUUGGAAAACUCAGUGCAGGGAACUGCUGGAGAUCCUGUUUCAAUGUGAAGACUCUGAACCUUUCAGGAAUCCUGUGGACCUCACUGAAUACCCAGAUUACAGGGAUAUUAUACACACUCCAAUGGACCUGGCAACUAUAAAAAAUGCAUUAGAAAUGGAAAAUUAUGAAAGUCCCAUUGAACUUUGCAAAGAUGUGCGACUAAUCUUCAGCAACGCUAAAGCUUAUUCUCCAAACAAGAAAUCUAAGAUCUACAGCAUGACUCUGAGGUUGUCGGCAUUUUUUGAGGACCAAAUUCGAACAAUUGUCUCUGAUUAUAAAACUGCGCUAAAAUACAAGAAAAGGAGUCAGCACAAACAGAGAUAUAAGAAACGUCUACAUAGUUCUGAUGCUUCCAGAUCAAGUAGCAGAGCCUCCAGUCCAGACCGAAAACGGAAGCCAGUGAAGUCUCAGGCAAAAGUAGAACAUAUUUCCAAAAUAUCUACCUCAUUACAUUCAUCUCAGAACAGCGCAAGUAGUACUGGAGAUAGUGCCUGCAGUGAUGCUUCUGAGCAUUCUUCUACAUCAGCCAAAAUAAGGGACAUGAAGGCUAAAACAACUGUCCUAACCAUAAAGAAGGACAGAAAAGAAGAUUUGCCCAAUGGGUCAGUUGAAUCAACAACAGCAUCAGACGGUGGAGACUGCAGUGAAAGUUCUGCCGAAGAGAAUGAAAGUACCAUUAAGUCUUGGGCUGAGCCUGUGGCAGGCAGCAGUAGAACAGCAAGAAAGCAUGUAUCACCAAAUAAAAAAACAGAAACAAGUGGUACUCAGGUAAAUGGAGACAACAGGAAAUUGGUCCGUCAGAAUAUGGCAGCCAAGAAACGCAAGAUCUUGAGUGAUUCUGAGGAAGAAGACUCUGUUUCUGAGAGGGAGCAGGAGAUAUUAAGCGCUGUUAAGCGAAGAAAAUAUGCCUGUGUUUUGGAAGAUGAUGACUCACUGUCUGAGAACCAACAGCAACAUGAGGACGGGGAAGCCCGAAAACACAGCUCUGGUGGCAAUACCAGUUCUGGGACUGAAAACCGCUCCCGCUCCAGUUCUCAAUCAAAAUCUCAAUCAAAAUCUCAAUCAGACUCUGAAUCCCAAUCCGUUUCUGAUUUGGAUAGCGAUUACAAUGUGAACGCUAGGGCAAAAGUGAAAUCAAAGAUAAAAGUGAAAGCAAAGACACAGGUGAAGAGAGGGAGACCAAGAAAAAUUAAAGGGAGAGGAAAAAAUAAAGUAGUUACUUCUAAAAAAGUCACCAGUAGGUUAGAAUAUAAGAAGCAGCAAAAGAUCUUGGACAGCGAUGAUGAAGAUGGGGAUGAUGACGACGAUGACUCUGAUUAUGUAAAACGAGAUUGUGUUUGUAGACCAUCUGCAAUAAGGACCAGAAAUCAAGGCAGAAGGACUACACUUCCAGAGGCUUUCCAGUCCUUGAGGUAGUUAACUUGUGAGAUACAGCAGCAAUGUUCAAAAUGAUGUGAGUAUGCCAUCAAGAAGUUUUUGCUUGGGAGAGAGAACACUCCCAUAAUUUCGGAAGUAUGAUCCUUGUUGCCAAAUUGGAGUGCCUGCUUCCUAAUCUGCCUCUAACUUAUUUCAGUGGGUAAUGUUGAACCUCUAAGGAGGACACUUAAUAGUGACUGAUCUCGCAGAGAAUUGUAAAAGAAAAGCAGCAGAGCAUUAACCAUGCCUACAGAAGAAUACCCCUACCAUUAUCCUGCAAUGGAGUAGCAGAAAUGACUUCAGGUAUAUAUCACUCCAAGGAUCAGACUCAUUUGUGACUGUAGGCAAAAAUGGCAUGAUUCAUGGGGUGGGGAAGGUGUAAGAAAUAUAUGGGUUGAAAUUAUAGAAAUAAAAUUGUGAAGUUCAAAAUAAUCUUACAGACCCCAUUUAAAAAUUAAGAAUGUUUAUUCCUUUUCCUGGGACAUUGCUUUUGCCAAAUUGUUUCUAUUUUGAGCUCAGGACCAUUUAUAUGUACAAACUGAAGAAUCAAAUUAUUCAGGGAGAAGUGUUUGCCAAAAUGGCAAACUUCAGUUUUCUUUGAUAUGCAAGGAAAAACAUUGGCGGUUUAUUUUUUUGUCAUUUUUCUGGCAGUUUAUUGUAAAAUGUACAUAUGUAAAAGUUCAGAAAACUUGCAAUUUUUGCAUUAGCAGCAUAGCAUAUUGUACAAAUUAAUGUAUGUGGUUGUAAUUAUGCUAUUUUCCAAGUUUUAUGUGGAAAACUGAUUCUCCUGUGUAAAAUUACAAAUUUUCUUCUUUAAAAAUAAAAG